GUGCCAGUCCCUUUUACAUGACGUAAAGGAAAGCGUACCUUGGCUGGUUGCGUUCACAAAUAAAGUGGUACAAAUUUAAUACAAAAAAAAUUGUAGACUACUCACGAAGUUGUUCUGAACGUUUGUAUAUUUGAUUUUGGAUUUGUUUUAUCUCGUAACUUGUCCUUUUGCAAGAAAACUAGCAGAAUCUAUUCAAGAUGUCGUACAUGUUGCCUCAUCUCCACAAUGGCUGGCAGGUGGACCAGGCCAUUCUGUCAGAAGAAGAUAGAGUUCUGGUGAUUAGAUUUGGCCAUGACUGGGAUCCCACCUGUAUGAAAAUGGAUGAAGUGUUGUACAGUAUUGCUGAAAAAGUGAAAAAUUUUGCAGUAAUUUAUCUUGUGGAUAUCACAGAGGUGCCAGACUUUAACAAGAUGUAUGAAUUGUAUGACCCUUGCACUGUUAUGUUUUUUUUCAGGAACAAACACAUCAUGAUAGAUUUGGGCACUGGUAACAACAACAAAAUCAACUGGACAAUGGAAGACAAUCAUGAGAUGAUAGACAUUGUAGAGACAGUUUAUAGAGGGGCACGUAAAGGACGAGGUCUGGUGGUGUCUCCGAAAGACUACUCUACCAAAUACAGAUACUGAUUCCAAUGGGUCCUUGUCAGAGUUCCAGCUUUUUUCAACAUUGAUGUCACAUUUAGCUGGACAGAAAAAAAAUACUCUUGUUUGUUUUGGUUUUACAAUUCUUUCAUGCCUUUUGAAAAUUAGCAUUUUGGCUUGUAUUUUGGAUACAAUAAUGGCAAAGGUGUUGGCUCAGUAAAGUCAUAAAUUGUUCCUUUUGUCUCUAAGUUGCCUUUUUUUUUUUUAACAUAGCUUAAGUGAAUUUCUGUUCCAACAUUUUCAAACAAUAAACAGCCUUCAUAUUUAGGAGUGUGAUCCCCCGAUUUAGAAGUAACACUUAAGUUCAUCUUGCUAGAAGCUGUGUUAAGAUUUUCCGAUGUUUGUUUUUCAUGCAGUAAAAUACUUUGUUUAAUUAUA